AUGUCCAGUAACGACAACACAUCGACUCUCAAGUCCUACGUGGACUCUGCCACCGGCGCAGUUCAGUCGGGCAUUGCAUCUAUCACUGGUAGUGCUGGCGAUCGAGCCAAUGCUGAGCGAAGCAAGGCCAAGGCAGAUGCCGAGAAGGAUCUGUCCCAUUCUGCGGCAAAGGCAGGACCCUUUACCAUCAGCUCAUCGGGCACACCAGCCAAAGAUAGCUCAGAUCGAACCGAAGGUCAAUGGGACCAAACAGUCGGUAGCGUCAAGGAAGCUGUUGGCAAUCUAACAGGAAGUGAAGAUCUAAAACAACAAGGCCGAGAGCAAAACAUGCAAGGCCAAGGUCAAGAGGCCAAGGGACAAUUGAACGACCUUGGCCAAGGCCUCUCAGAUAGAGUUGGAGGCACUAUCGGUUCUGCCUACGCUGGUCUGACCGGAAAUCAGGCAGCCCAACAAGCUUACCAAGAUCAACACGAUCAGGGCAAGACUCGCCAACGCGGUGUUGAGGUUGACUUGCAGAAACAGGCUGGGGCUGAGCGCAAGUAG